GCAGUUGCAGUGGUGCAGAAUGGCCGACCUCAGUCUUGCAGACGCAUUAACAGAACCACCUCCAGAAAUCGAGGGAGAGAUUAAACGGGACUUUAUCGCCACCCUGGAGGCAGAGGCCUAUGAUGAUGUCGUGGGAGAAACUGUUGGAAAGACAGACUACAUUCCUCUCCUGGAUGGGGAUGAGAAGACUGGGAAUUCGGAGUCAAAGAAGAAACCAUGCCCAGAUACUAGCCAGGUUGAAGGUGCUCCAUCUCCUAGAGCAGCGGUGCUGGCCAACGGCGACCACGGGACGCAAGGGAAUGACACUGCAGGGUCUCCAACUGCAUUUCUUGAAGAGAAAAUGGCCUUCCAGGGGUAUCAGAACAACCAGAACUGGCCAGAAAAUACAAACUUUUACUUUGAACCCGAGCAAGUGGUGAAUCCUAUCCAGACUGAUCCCUACCAGAUGCGCUGCGGUGACGGCCUGGAGGAUCUGCUCUUCUUUCCCGGCGGCGCGAACAGCGCUUCCGCACUGACGCCGCAGGGUGACCCUCUGAGAGACGGUUACGGUCACCUUCCUUGCGACACAUUUACUCCUGAAGCAGUUGUACCUCAGGGCUGGCCUGUGGAAGCCCCGCACUCCCCCCAGGCGGGGGUCUUCAUUUCCCCAGAGGCCACACCACCUCUGCAACCCACAGCAGAGCCAGCCGGGAAGAGAGACAUGGCAUCAGAAGAGAGGGCAUCGACCAGAGCAUCGGAAACGAUGAUGGGACUGAAGGCUGCUGACACGGCACCAUCUAGAGAAACAGAGAUGGCCCUGCCUCAGGACAUGGCGCCAGUCACAGAGACAGAGACACUGGCCACAGACGUGGCAUCACCUACCAAAGAAGAUGUGUCCUUUGCCAAGAACAUGGACUCACCCAUUGAGUCAGACGUGGCUGUGGUCACGGACGUGGUACUGCCUAUAGAAUCAACGGAAACCCCAGCCAAGGGUGCAGUGCUCUUCAGAGACACAGAGAGGGCACCACCCAUAGAAAUGGACGCGGCUCCAGCUGAAGGCGUGGUGUCACUCACAGAAAGGGAGAUGGCAUUGGCUAAGGACAUUGCAUCACCCACAGCCAAGGAGUUGGCUUUGUCCUCGGGAACAGAGGUGGCCCUGGGCAAGGACAUGGCUCCGCCCCCAGAAACAGAGGUGGCCCUGGGCAAGGACAUGGCUCCGCCCCCAGAAAUAGAGGUGCCAGUCAAGGACAUGGCUCCGCCCCCAGAAACAGAGGUGGCCCUGGGCAAGGACAUGGCUCCGCCCCCAGAAACAGAGGUGGCCCCGGGCAAGGAUGUGCCUCUGCUUCCAGAACCAGAGCCAUCCCUGGCUAAGGAUGUUGCACCACCUUCAGAAACAGAGGUGGCCCCAGUUCCGGUGAAGGACGUGGGAACUGUACGGACACCAGGAAAACCAAGCGAGGGCUCCCAGUUCGCAUCUCCCCAGAACGAGGGGCCUUCAGCUGUGCCUGCUGCCAUGCUUUCCCCAGAGCCAGUCACAGCCGUGGGCCAAACGUCCGCCUUGCCACCAGACGAGGCAUCUGUGCCAGAGAAACUAGAGCAAAGGCAGCCGCUCAGCCGUCAGCCUCCGGAGCCGCCUGCAGCGCCCUCAGAGCGUAAGACAGAUGCAGCCCGGGGGCCCACUGCAGCAAGGGACAGCCCGAGCAAAAGGAGUGAUGACGGGAAAAGCAAGAAGGUGAAAAAUAGCUUUUCUGAGAAGCAUAUUUUGGAGAAUAAGACAGAUGCAGCAGAAAGACAUGUUCCCAUGGAAGCCACAGGAGACCACAGAAUUGAAGGAAUGGGCUAUGUGGAUGAAAAUAGAAAUAUUACAUUUACCUGCCCCCGAACACCAUCUGAGGUCAUGAGUACGUCAGCCCCUCCAGAGGCUGUGCAUUCAGCAGCCUGUGAAAAACUGCCCACUCCUAGUCCUCAAUUAGUAAAGGGAGGUGAAGCCUUUACAGGCACCUUGGCAGAAAUUAGGCAAGGGACAGCUCUGGCCCAGAUCUCCGAAUGGUCAGUGGUGGGUCAUUGCAGCAAAGAUGGCGUCCCAGAGCAGGAAAGAGCCCUGGCCGCCUCCGCUGCCAGGCCCCGUGCAAGCCCAGGAGGAGGCGCCCUGACCCUCCCAGCAGCCACAGAAACAGGGCAGCGCCCUGGGGACCGCUGUCCUGAGCAUAAAGAGCAGCUGGCUGAGCCCGUGCAGAACGAAGCAGGGGUAGACGGAGGGCGUGUGGGGGGAGAAUCUGAGUCAGUGCCCAGGGGGGCAUCUAAGCGUCCAGCAGAGGAAAUCACAGAACCAGCCAAGGGCCCCCAUCCUACAGCGCCCACGGCAGACCAUAGCCCACCUGAGCGCAGAGGCCCCGGGGUGCGAGCCGGCGGGAGUCCCGUCCCAGCAUCUCCAGUGAACAGAGAGGCAGAGGCUGGGGAGGGCUCUGCUUCCGGUCACACCCCCGACUUCCCCGGAGACGGAGCACACGGGCCCCUUUGCUGUGAGGACCCACGUGCUGAAGGCAGAGCGUCCAGGGGCCCCGGUGGUUUGAAUAAGGAGAUGGAGGUGACUCUUCCGACUCCAAAAAGUGAAAAGGACAAACGGGAAGGAAGUAGCCUGGCUCCUCAAGUCACAGAGUCAGCAGGUGCUCCCUUGCCAGCACCAGAACUCCAGUCGGAUUUCUUCGAUGGCCGGCUUGGUGCUGCCCCCUCGAGUGCGGUAGAGAAGUUAGUAGUGACUGCCUGCCAGGGGCUUCAGCUCCCAGAACCCAAAGAUAAGGUCUCGGAGGCACCUGAGAAAAUGACAGAAAAAUCUGAACCGAAGGCUCUGGGCGAAGGGAAGAAGGAAGAAAAAAGAGUGGCAGAGCCAAUGAAAGGCUACAUGAGACCCACCAAGUCCCGAGGACUUGCUCCACUUUCGCCAAAGUCUGCGGUCCAGGAGCGCGAGAGACCCAAGCACGCCACGCCCAGCGACUGCCAGCUCCGUGGAUCGUGCGAUCAGGCGGCGUCAGCGCCAGUAGCGGGGGAGGCUGUGGAAGAGAGCGCGCUGCACUGGGCCACGGACAGCCAGCUCAGUGGGGGCCAGCCUGCAGGGGGCCAGAUGGACGCCUCCAAAGAAAUCAGCCAAGCUGGGUUUGAGUGGCAGAGGACAGAGGGCAAACUGAAUGAAAUCGGGCUCCAUGUCAGCAUGGAUGGGCAGCUGCAAGACGGGCUUGUGAACAACGCCAGCUUCCUGCAGCCGACGCAGCUCUGCUUCUUUGAGGGGAAGCUAGACAAAGAGCUGGGCACUGACGCGCAGGGCAGGGAGCAUCCAGCGCGCUCGGGCCACUGUGGCCGCAGGUACGUGGUGUCAGGCUCCUGCUGUGCCUCGGAGGGGAGCCCGGGUCACCAGAAGGCAGCCGGGUUCCAGCUGGAGCCCAGGGAGGGGCCGGACAGAAACAAAGCCUCCACAGUUCAGGAGCUGGUGGCAGGGAAGGAUGGGCCAGAGACCAAGCGCCAGCCAGACCUGGAUCUCCCUGGGCCUGCUGACCCCCCUGGGAGGGAGCCGGAAAGCAGUGUUUGGAACCCCAGCGUUCACCCAGUGGCUGCAGGCUGGCCGGGCUCCAGGGCAGCAGCUCUGGGAAAGGAGAAUGGAAUCGCUCCUGGCCGUCGGGAGGCUGGCGGGGGGAGUGAGACCUCGGGGCAGCUGGAACGUGGAUCCGCAUUACCUGUGGCCGUGGCCCACCCAGCCCCCACUGCCGAGCACCCACCCACUGCCACGCCACCCGGCACUCUGGUGGAGGCUCCCCAGGCAUGCUCGAGUGCCAGCGCUCAGGCCCGGGACCAUGACAAGGAGCUGGAGCGGCGGCGUUCUCCUGAGGAGGGCGCUCUGUUCGCCCAAGCCCAGCAGAAGAAGGCCGUGCGCCGGGCCCUGUCUGAGUGCACCCACCUCGAAGUGCCCCCAGCUGCCAGCCUCGCGGACAGGUACCCCGAGCUCCCUGCCCGAGAAGAGCCCGUUCCUCCGCCCAGGACACGGGGGGCUCCUGCCGUCAGGCGCUCCAUGACGGUGGCCGAGGAGCAGACAGCUGGCUGCAGAUUGAACCCUGGGGAGCUGCCCAGCCUGUCCACCGAGGAGCCCCCUCCUCCCCUCUGCGCGGAAGCAGCGGCCACGAAGGAGGAAGAGUUGGCCCACUUGACCCACUGGAACAGCAGCUGCAGCAGCAGCGCGGGGAGGAAGGAGCUGGGCGCUGCGGGGCUGUGUCUCCAGCAGGAGCUGGAGCGGAUUCCUGAAGUGAGCAGCCAGGACGGGGGGCGAGAAGGUGUUAGGGGAGCCGGCAUGGACUCAGGCCCCCACGUCUGCCAGGCAGGGGAGCAGCAGCCAGGACAGGGGGCUCUGGCAGGGGAGGAGGAAACCGAGGUCACCGCUCCCCAGAGCGCGCCAUCGCUCCUGUGUGAGGAGGCCCCACGUGACGGAACAGCCAAGCCAGAAGAAGGGCCAGCUGCUGCGAGCGUGACCGGAAAUGACAUCACUGCCCCUCCAAACAAGGAGCUCCCACCAAGCCCCGAGAAGAAAGCCAAGCCUUUGGCCACAACUCAUCCUGCAAAGACUUCAUCGAAAGCCAAAACACAGUCCACUUCUCCGCCAGGCCAGCCGCCUCACCUGCCAAGGACGCCAGGCCCAAGCGAACUGACCCUCUCCCUGCGGCCUGUGGCAGAGACGAAGGUUCCCGAGAAGAAGGCCACGCCGUCCAAGCCAGCCUCUGCCCCGGCCUCCAGGCCCGGCUCCAGGAGCACCCAGUCCGCUCCAAAGGCCCCCGCGGCCGCCUCUGUUGCCUCAACUGGGCCGAGCAGCAGGAGCGCCCCCACGCCCCUGCCCAGGAGGCCUGCUGGCACCAAGACGGAGGGGAAGCCUGCCGACGCCAAGAAGACAGUUACCAAGUCUGCACCAGCUGACUUGAGUCGCGCCAAGAGCACCUCCAGCAGCUCCGAGCCCGUGUCUCCCCGGGCCUCUGGGACUCUUGCCGUGGACAAGAAGCCCACGUCGGCCAGGCCCAGUUCCUUGGCCCCCAGACUGAGCCGCCCGGCGACCAGCGCUUCCACGCCUGAUCUGAAAAACGUCCGCGCCAAGGUCGGCUCCACGGAGAACAUCAAGCACCAGCCUGGAGGAGGCCGGGCCAAAGUAGAGGAAAGAACAGAGGCAGCAGCUGCAGCUCGAAAACCUGCCCCUCCCGCGGCCACUAAGCCUGCUGGGCCGGGUGCGAGUGCACAGAGGGCACCUGCGGGGAAAGUCCAGAUAGUCUCCAAAAAAUUGAACUACAGCCAUGUUCAGUCCAAGUGUGGUUCCAAGGACAAUAUUAAGCAUGUCCCUGGAGGCGGUAAUGUUCAGAUUCAGAGCAAGAAGGUGGACAUCUCCAAGGUCUCCUCCAAGUGUGGGUCCAAGGCCAACAUCAAGCACAAGCCGGGUGGAGGGGAUGUCAAGAUCGAAAGUCAGAAGUUGAACUUCAAGGAGAAGGCCCAGGCCAAGGUGGGAUCCCUGGAUAACGUGGGCCACCUGCCCGCGGGCGGGGCCGUGAAGACUGAGGGCGGCGGCAGCGAGGCCCCUCCGAGCCCGGGCCCCCCUGCUGGGGAGGAGCUGGCUGUCCCUGAGGCUGCGCCCGAAGCUGGCGCCCCCACUUCAGCCAGUGUCCUCAGUGGCCACACCACCCUGGCAGGGGGUGGUGACCAAAGGGAGGCCCAGACCUUGGACUGCCAGAUCCAGGAGACAAGCAUCUAACGCUGACAUUCUGGUCUCGUCUCCGUCCCCUUUGUUGCCCUCUUGUCUCCCUCGUUCCCCUCUCCCGUCCCGCCUCCCGUGUCACUGCAGAUUGAGACCUACAGGCUGACGUUCCGGGCAAACGCCAGGGCCCGCACCGACCACGGGGCCAGCAUUGUCUCUCGCCCCCCCCACUUC